AUGAUUAUUCAUUUCAGGUGGAUGAGAGUCGAAUUUAUCCCUAAAUGUGACUCAUUAGGACCUCUUACUGAAUGCCGGUUCAAACAAGCAGCGAUUGAUUUGGAUUUCGCUCCUCGUGAUCCAUGCCCAUUAGGUGAAUGGGGAAGGGUAGUCUACGACAAAUCCUUCUGUGAACAAAAAGCUUUCGAAAUGAGUAUCAAAUGGUUCAUGGCUACUGGGCAGACAGUCGCGGAUACUGUUUAUACAUGGCAGUCCAAGAUUUCAAAAGAAAAGUUCUAUUUGUUCCCUGUACCUGAAGAUCCUAUAGCCCUUCCGAAAGAUCUGAACUCUAAUCCACUUCGUUGUCCCAUUCGUGUUCAAGUCCAACAAGACAUCGUUCCGGAACAUAUGCUGGAACAAACCCUACAGCAUCUGCUGUUUUGUUUUGGUUUCUGCCCUAUGAAAUGCUCGGUGGACCAUGUCAUGGCUACGCGAAGCUCGUCGUUUUCAAGUAGGGAGACGUCUUUUGAAAGCAAACCGUGGGAUUGCUCUUCGCUUUACAUGCAUCAGACCGGCGGUAUGUUCGUGUCGUUGGAACGCCCUGCUGACAAACCAAUGUUCUUCUUCUGGGCAUGGAAUCACAUGCUUACGAAAAAGUAUAGGCAGGACAGUCAAUGUUCGGAGGCAUUUCAAGAUUACAUGUUGCGAGAGUUCCGAAGAUAUUGUGGAAAUAUCGACAAUAAACUUAUUUGA